AUGGGCAGGCCUGCAAAACGUCGACAGGCUUUGGUGGCAGCACUCCCUACUCCAACUGUUCAGGAUGAUACGCCCUUCCUGUCCCUCUUAUCACCUCAGUCAAUGAUGGAUACUCUCAGUCAUGGUGACUUGAAUUUCUGUUUAGAUCCAAGUCUCAUGCCUGACUUGAGCUUCGAGGUACUCAACGGACUUCAACUUGAGUUGGGAAAAGUCGCCGACUGCUCAUGUCCAACAUCAGACGUCUUAUCAAACGCCAGUGCCGCUCCAGCUCUCGACUCCCAAGAUUCAAAUUCCGCCUCGGUAGCUACAGUAUCGCCCGUCCCGCAGACAUCGUCACGGUCAUGUUCUUGCCUGGCAACUUUCUACCUCGCAGUAGAUGAUCUCUGCAAGAACGAAAGACUUACCUUUCCAUCUGGUCUUCCAUUUCUUCGAAAAACGAUAUCAACAGCCAGUCAAAUCGCUAAUUGUCAGAUUUGUCCAGUCAGUCACCUCUCUGCCAUGCAGAAUAUUCAACUUCUGGGAACUCUCCUCAUGUCGGUGGGACAACAAUAUGGGGUGAUUCUAGAGUAUAUAGACAAAGAGUCCAAGGCGUCAAUGGAGAAGAAUGAACUGAAGCGUCUACAGUUCAGUGAAGUCGGUGUUGAGUAUUCUACAAGGGCUCCAAGCUACAACCUAGAAUUGAGCCCCACAGAAUGGGCAGACUUGGCUAAAAAGGCUGUAAAGGCCGAGGUUUACGGAAAUGGGAAGGAAGAAGAGUGUUUGUGGGGUGUGUUGAACUAUCUCGAAAAACGGCAGGCUCAGUGGCAUACAGUGCCGCCGCAUCAAGAUUGUCCUCACCAUUACCAGCAGUCGGAAGAGGAGCCGUUUUGCAUAAAGAUUCUUCACAAGGCUAAAGAGUCAAUACAGGCUCUGAAAUGGAAGUGUCGUGAGCUCUACGGCCCUGAUAAACCUGAUAUUAGUGCGAAUUCCCUUCUUUGA